AUGGAAGACGAAUUAGAGGAUCGUGUUUUACAUCAAACAUACUUGUCUUGUAUGAAAAUUUUGUCGCGCUUUAGUAGUAGUGUUGCUUUAGACACCCCAACGAGCUAUUUCUGGAAAAUGGUGCGUCUUUAUUUAUUGCGCUCGGAAGUGCUCAUUUUCACAUUUGGAAUAGUAGUAGUCUUCAUGUACUUACAAACUAUAGGAUUAUGGAGCCGUACGUUACUAAGCAGGCUAUCGCAUGCCGUAAAUCCAAUAAAUGCAGUCCAAAGAAUGAAGUUGAUGGAAGGCUCGGAUGCGGACAAACAGAGUUGGGAGUUAAAGGGGUCAUUGAGUGCGGUGUAUGCAAUUAGAGGAAGGAGAAUGCACAUGGAAGAUAAGUUUAUAAUAAAUGAAAAUAUAAAUGACACAGGCAUUUCUUUAUUUGCUAUAUUUGAUGGACACGGCGGAGAUUUUGCGGCUAAUUAUGCACAAGAACAUCUAAUACAAAAUCUGUACAAUAAGGUUGUAGAGUUAAGUGCAUUUAAAGAUGGCAAACUUCCUGAAACUCCUAAAAAUGAAAGCCCGGAUGAACAUAAGAAAGAAGAGAGAGAAAAUAAUAUAAGUGUUGAAAGAAAAAGUAGUUUCAAAAAGUCUGUGAGUACUGCUGAUGAUACUUCUAAAAAGGAGAUUACAGACCCACAACUUUUAGCUCAAUUAAAUAAAGCGAGACCAAUUACAAGAGAAGUAAGACCAAUAAAACCAGUAAAAAAUGUGUCUGUUCCCUUGUCUAGUUAUAUUUUAAAAGGAAAAAUUAAUUAUGGUAAAUUGCUGACUGAUGAAGUUCUAGCUGCUGACCAAUUGCUUGUGGAAGCUGCCAAACGUUCUAUGAAUGUUGCUGGAACAACUGCUCUGAUUGCUGUUUUAGAGGAUAAUAAUCUUAUAGUUGCCAAUGUGGGAGACUCAAGAGGUGUUAUGUGUGAUUCCCGUGGAAAUGCUAUUCCAGUGUCUUUUGACCAUAAACCACAACAGGUUCGAGAACAAAAAAGAAUAGAAGCUGCUGGUGGCUACAUAGCUUUUAAUGGAGUCUGGAGAGUAGCUGGAAUCUUAGCUACAUCUCGAGCAAUGGGUGACUAUCCAUUAAAAGAUAAAAACUUUGUUAUUGCUAAUCCUGACAUUUUGACAUUUAAUUUAGAAGACCAUAAGCCAAUGUUUUUAGUCCUUGCCUCAGAUGGUUUAUGGGAUACCUUUUCAAAUGAAGAAGCUGUUAAAUUUAUAAAAGAGAGAUUAGAUGAACCAGACUUUGGAGCGAAAAGUUUGACACUCCAGGCUUACUAUAGAGGUUCCGUUGACAACAUCACAGUAUUAGUUAUUAAUUUUAUGCAAGAGAAAUAUACCACCGCAACUCUCACAGAAUAA